GUAGGAUUGGAAUAAAACGGCCGUUUAGAGUUUUACUAGAUGCUCUAUAUUCUUACGUUUACCUAGCUUUUCUCAGUGUCGAGAGGGAUCUUUUUGAAUUUGGGACCAGGACCCCUGUCGGGAGUUCUGCGCCAGCAUUGGCGCUACGUUACAUUUCUGCCGGCUUGGCAGCGUGACUGCUAGAUAGCCAGCGGUUGGAUGAGGUUGAACACCCGCACGGGACGAAACAAAUCGUGUUGCUCCACCGUUCCUCACACACCACGCUCCCUUUGCACCUUUCACCAGUUAGCCAAACCCCGCACCAUGGCGGACUCUAUCCGAGGCGAUGGUUUGCUAAGGGCAGAUCUUGCCCUAGAGGCACUGCUCAACGACCCGGAGCAGCUUCAGCGUGAGCGAGAGCGAUUCAGCAACUCUCCGCCGUCGUACCGAUCUCAGUUUUCGGGCCCCACGACGCGAUCCCAGAGCCCCGACGUUCCCAGCGAGGCGCAACAACGGCGAGAUGAGCGGAAAUUUCGGCUAAGGACGGAGCAUAGCGCCUCGCUUCCUUACUACCAGUUCGAGGCCCAGUAUUACGAAGAGCUAGAACGGCUGCUCGAAGCGGAUCGAAACCGGAUAUACCGAUGCCCGCCUGACUUGGACAGCAUUUACGAACACGCACGUUUCAACAUCAAGAUGCGCUGGAUUGAACAGGGCAUUUGGAACGAUGAGUGGAAUAAACAGCGUAGGCCUAGUGGGCAAUGGAAGCACGAGGAACCGCUAAAGCCCGAAUCCAAUAUGGAUUGGGAAAGCAUGCUUCCUACAGGACUCUUUGGAGCCGAGGUACAGCGGAAACAACCAGCCAAGAGUGGUGCGGAGGUUCUAGGAGAGCGACGGGAUCGCGAGGCGUCACGCCCCUAUUAUCAGUUCAUCUACCUAGUUUCCGAACAACGCAAAUACAUCCAGGAGGAAAUGAACCGCCCAAGACCCCCAGGCCAAAACCCAAUAACCCAGCGCGUUGUUGGCCUUGACCACUUCCAUCUCCAAAUGGAGGUGCAUGAGCGGUGGAGGCGGGAGGGGCCCCCGGAAAACGAACCUGCAAUAUCUACACCACCCAAUAUCAACACCACUGCGUACGAGAGAGUGAAGAGUGCUUGGAUUAAGCGGGGCAUUUGGAACACCAAGUGGGGGGUGUUACCAGGAAUGUCGUGGAAGCAUGAACGACCGUUUGAAGAUAUGCUUCAAGAGGAGCUGGGUGACGAUCCGGGCUCUGAAGGGGUGGGCAGGGCUGAUGGCAACCGGUCUGGAACCGCAGAACAAGCCAGAGAAGGGCAGGACGCCUCAAGGGGCCCGACAUAUGAUGUAGCGGAGACCACUGGCGACAAGACUCUUGAGUUACAUCCACGGCCGCACCUGUUCAAGCCCGAUCAACAUGUACAUGUCGAAUCAAGCCAGAGGCCAAGGUCUCGCGCGCUGGGCCAUUCAGUACAACAAACGUCGCUAGCCAAACCACCUCUUUUUGCAGGCGGGGAAGCCGGCAAUUAUAUCGCCUCGGAUCCACCUGAUGACGCCCCAGGGAGCAGUCAAAAUGCCCGCUCUGUCGUCCGUCGAACACAGCUCCGGCGCCGCACUGCACAGUCAAUCCUACCAGAACCACCAAACGUCCAGGCUGUAGCUCAGAAGCUGACCGGUCUAGCGAGGGUGUCCAAAACUCGCAAAUGGAAACGGCCCGCCUGUUCAGGGCGGCAGGAGGACCCUGCCGUAGCUGACACGCCGGCCGAAACCAGGUCAUCGGUGACGAAGCUAGACGUUGAUGAACCUAGCCAAGUAUUAGCCGAUCCCGCUCCCCGAAGGAGCCGGCGACUGCAGGCGUCCUCCGAGGGAACCGAUGGACUUCCGGAUCAACGGAAUGCGGUUCGUCGUAGCAUCAGGCGGACAAGCGCCAGUACAGCAAAAUCGACUGCGGCGAAGCCUGAGGGAGUUACCAAGAGACGUCUAAGGAAUAGGACGCCGCGUCACCACAGACGGUAGGAGGCGAAUAGAAACAUGUUGUCCUCCGGUAUAGGCGGGUAGGCCUGAUAGAGAGGUUUAGAGCUCAGCAAAUGCUAAACCGGCUUGUUAAAACUGUCUUGAAUCUUCGUAAUUCUCAAACG